UGGCACCUCCACUGAAAGAGAUGCAGGGGUGGGCAGGCCACCCAUCUCAGUCUCCCUCUCAGAGAACCAGGAAUCUGCCUGUUGAAUCACAGGCAUUCCUAGAAGGAUUUAUUAGCUUGUUCAACGGGUAGGCAACUUUCAAAUAUCAGACGGAGCAGCGGUGCAGACAGGAGCUCGAGACGAUCUGACAGAAGCACAAGAAAAUAUUCUGGACGUAGCACUUGAAGCACCUCAAGAUGUGGAAAAGGAAAUCAAAAGCGUCAGACCAGAGUGCCGAUGGGCAAGUGGGCUUCAAAAAGAAGUCCAGCGUCCCGGGGGUGAUGAUCACACAAUGGGUGGAGGAGCUUCCUGAAGGAAAGACGCACCCUGACUUCACACGUAAACCCAUUGCCUUAACCAUUCAAGAAGGAAAACUCGCCAUUUUCAGAGCCAAAGUCACCGGAGAACCAACACCAACAGUCACAUGGGAUCGCAAUAAUGGAAAGAUGGAUGAUAAAGAAAAAUAUAUAACAAAAUAUGAUCCAAACUCUCUUGAGCACACUCUUGAGAUGCCAAAUAUUAAACCAGAUCAAGCAGACACCUACAAAUGUUAUGCAAAUAAUGAAUUUGGAAGGGCAGUUGUUACUGUAAUGCUUAAUGUCAUUGCAGUUGGUUUCCAGAAGAACAAGGCCUUACAGCAAGCUGAGGUCAAAAUAGAAAAACCGGUGCUGAGAAAAAGUAAAAUAAAGCCAAGGCAAGAGGAGGAAAAGAAGAAAGAUGGUGAACUCGAUCCAAAGUUCUGGGAGCUGUUGAUAAGUGCUGACAAGAAGGAUUAUGAGAGUCUAUGCGCUGAGUAUGGCGUCACAGAUUUCCGCUGGAUGUUGAAAAAACUGAAUGAAAUGAAGAAAGAAAGAGAAGAGGAGCAGGCACAGUUUAUCAAAAGCAUUGAAAAUCUAAAACCAAUUCGAGUCGGUGCAUCUGGAACUGCAUCAUUUGAGCUUGAGAUGGACCUUAUAGAUGCACAUAGCCGGAUAUUUGUCUACAAGGAUGGUGAGAUGGUUCCAUUCAGCAUAACCUCGGAAGAAGAUGAUGAAGUCAAGCAUGAACUGAAAAAUGUUGGAAAGAAAUAUAAAUUCACCAUACGCGAUCUUCUGCCUGAUGAUGCUGGUCUUUAUCAGAUGGAUGUUGAGGGUGUCACAGUUUUUUCAACAGAAUUCAAAAUUCCCAUGGUGGACUUUUUGGUUAAGAUCCAAGAGGUGAAGGCGAUAGAGAGAGAAGACGCUGUUUUCGAGUGUGUCUUGUCAAACCCCUUCUCAAGGAUUGCCUGGUUUGGCAAGGGUGCACCACUGGAAGCUGGCGAGAAGUUUGACAUUCUUGUGUCGGAGGACAAGCUCAUCCACAAACUAGUGGUUAAAGAUUGCAUGAUGGUAGACAAAGGCAUCUAUGCAGCCUGCGCUGGAAUAAAGUCCUGUAAUGCUUUCCUGGUUGUGGAACCUGACCCUACGCCAGGGCAAGUUGGCAAAAAGAAGGCGCGGAAGACCACUCAGGCCGGUGGCUCAGGGAUAGAUUUGGAAAAGAUCGCCAAGGAGCAACAGGAGAAGCUCACGAAAGACAGGGAGACCAUUAAAGAGGCAGUGCAAGCUGCAAAGGAGGCCCCCCCACCUCCAAAAGAGCCCACACCACCCCCACCCCCAAGUGAUGAUUCCGGUAAGGCAGCGCCACCUCCUCCUGCGCCACCAGUUGAAGAGAAAAUUGAAGUCCCCAAAAAGCCUGAGCCAAAACCUGAGGCUCCAGCCGUGGCCAAAGUAAUAGAGCCAAAACCUGAGGCUCCAGCUGUGGCCAAAGUAAUAGAGCCAAAACCUGAGGCUCCAGCCGUGGGGCGUAAGGGAGCCUUAGGUGAUGGAGACGGUACUGGUGGCUCUGGCACUAGUGGCUCUGGUACUGAUGGCUCUGGUACUGACGGAGCAGGUACAAGUGGCUCUGGUACUGACGGAGCAGGUACAAGUGGCUCUGGUACUGCGGUGGUUCAAGAAAUCCAAGUAUCCAUGGUCCAAGGGUUGACAGACACAUAUGCAACCCGUGGUCAACCAGCGGAAUUGACUUGCACGCUCAGCGGUGAAAGAAGUGGAGUUUGGUAUAGGGAUGGGGAAGAGUUGACAAGUGGAGGUGGACUGACCCUUGUAAGGGAUGGUGUACAUCAUAAACUGGUCAUCCAAAGUGCAAGAGAUGAUCUUGCUGGGCAAUAUACUUUUGAAGCAGGAGACGCCAAAUCAUCUGCAGCUUUGAAUGUUGGAGAUGUACCAGAAUUUGACCCUGACGAAUUACACAAGUUUUCAAAGCCAGUAAUUGUGAAAGUGGGCCAACAUGCAUCAUGGAAAAUGCCAUUCCUCCCUCAAGAUGGCCUUGAAAUCAAAUGGUUCAAAGAUGGCGCUGAACUGCAUGAUGGAGGAGGAGUAAAAAUCCAUAAAGAUCCAGCACUUGCUCGGCUUCAAAUAAGAGACUGCGUUCGCAGUGAUGAGGGAGAAAUCAAAAUUAAACUAAAAACCCCAUUUGGUGCUUGUGAAGCAACUAGCAGACUCCUUGUCCUAGAUAAGCCUGGGCCACCAGAGGGUCCAGUGGACAUCAUUGACAGUUCUUCCAAUCUAAUUGAACUGCAGUGGAAACCACCAAAAGACAACGGCAAUUCUCCAGUCACAAACUACAUCAUUGAGAGACAGCAAGUAGGCCAGCCCAUGUGGAAGAAAUUGGGAGAUAACGCAGCAAACAAACUGAUAUACAGAGAUCGCAACGUCGCACAUGGCAAGAACUACAUUUAUCGCAUUUACGCCCAGAACGCGAUGGGCAUCAGCGAUGCCCUUGGAACGGAAACCAUCAUGGCAGGAAUCCUGGUCUUCCCUGGUCCACCAGCCGCACCAAAGGUGGAAAGUGCUUUUAAGAACUGCAUCAAUUUGACAUGGGAACCUCCAGAGGAAGACUUUGGGGAGCCAAUCAUUGGAUACCAGUUGGAGAAACGAAAGAAAGACUCAAACCAGUGGAUUGCUCUAAAUGCAGUGAAUGAUCCAAUUGACGCCCUGAAGUAUGCAGUGAAGGAUGUAUCUGAAGGGGCUGAAUAUGAGUUCAGAGUGGCAGCCAUCAAUGUGUCAGGAGCUGGCCCACCCAGCCCACCUUCAGUAAUGGUGGCUGCAAGAAACCCAAAAAUGAAACCUCGUUUCAUUAAUCCAGAGGACUUCCUGGUCAUAAGGGCAGGAAAUGCAGUGAGAAUCAAGAUGGAUUUUGAGGGUGAGCCUCAACCUGAAAUCACCUGGUUGAAAGAGGAAGAGCCAGUGUCCCCAUGGGUCAACAUCAUCAAUGUCGAUGGGUGCUCUACGCUGGUCAUUCCUUCAUCAAAACGAUCAGAUUCUGGAUUCUACACCAUUACAGCCAAAAACUCCAGUGGCUCUGCUAAUUUUGAAAUUGAAGUCAGAGUUACAGAUAUGCCUAAACAACCAGGCCCAGUGGAAUUAGAGCAACUUGUUCACGGAAAGCUAAUCAUCAACUGGGCACCAUCUCCUGAUGAGGAGCUGGAUGACCGUCUGCACUACACGAUUGCAGAAAACGAGUCAAACACCAGAGUUUGGCGCACAAUAGCAGACCGCCUCUUCUGUCACACAUUUACCGCAAACAUACACUCUGGGAGGGAGUAUCAUUUCCGGGUAUUUGCCAAGAAUGACAUGGGUCUGUCAGAUCCAUCAAACUCGCCCACCUGGGGAGUCAACAGCUUGAAAGUUCAAACAUCAACAAACAAAAUGGCUGGGUUGGUGUCUUUAGAGCGGCCUCCAUCCAUCCUGGUCCCCUUGAAAGUUCACACACCACCAAAAGGCUACAAAUGCUACAUGACAUGUGCGAUCCGUGGCAGCCCGACACCACAUAUCUCCUGGUACCUGAACGACAUCUGCAUCAACAGCAAUCAAAACUACUACAUCACAAAUGCCCACGGCAUCUGCUCCAUGUACAUUCUCAGAGUUACUCACGAUGACGCUGGAGAGUACAGGGUCGUGGCCAACAACAUGUACGGCAAGGCAGAGUGUUCCACUAAGGUUUGCGUCAAAGAUUAAACACAUUAUCAGUACACCUGCAUCGGGGAUGUGUCAUGACGGCCAUUACAGAAAUUCUCUAGAGAAAUUGUGUAUUACAAAUAAAACAUUGUGUGUUUGCAAUUGUCUUUGCUAUGUGAUGUUAGACUUAAACUUUCCUAGAAAUAUUUCCUCUAAUUUACUUACACUAAUUUAUUUAAAUGAAUUGAAAUAAACAAUGGCUUUUUUGUCAAGAAAAAUA